GGACGAAUUGGUCACCGUAAGAGGUUAGAACGGUCUCGCAAGCUGUGGUGAUCUCUGAUGUAUUUUAAACGCCCGGCUAUCAUUCUCGGUGCUAUUAUCUCUCUCAUAUCGGUUUACCCACCCCAUUACCUCCUACAUAUAGAGAGGGGUAUUGACAGCAUAUUCUUUACCUCAAGGUCCAAGGGUCCUACUCUGAGGAGUAGCUUCAAUCGUAUUACUAGAAGAAUCAGGUCUCAAAACAUGCUGAGAAGGACCUCAAAAGGAAAAUGAACGUACGCUCCUGUGAGAAAUCGUCAUGGGAAACAUUUCCAAUUGACAAGAAAUAAAA